AUGCCCGCUUCAUCAGAAUCUGCUCACAGCUACAAGAACGAACCAGUCGAAUCGAGUCCUAGUAUCGAGGAACCAAUUUCCAGGGUCCAGGAGGCAGGAGACGGAAAGGAAUUCCUUAUUAUUGGAGGAAAGAAAUACUACAAGCACGAAUUAAUGACUGCGUUUGGUGGUACCCUUAAUCCUGGUUUAGCGCCAACUCCAGUUAAUCUGUUUGCUAACCCAGCACCAUUAGGAUUGUCUGCGUUCGCGUUGACUACAUUUGUGCUUUCGAUGUUCAAUGCCCAAGGAAUGGGAAUCACAACUCCUAACGUGGUUGUUGGGUUAGCGUGCUUUUACGGGGGCGCAGUGCAAUUUUUUGCUGGAUGCUGGGAGAUGCUUGUGGGUAACACUUUUGGUGCCACUGCAUUGACGUCGUACGGUGCUUUCUGGUUGUCGUAUGCCGCCAUUAACAUCAAGGCGUUUGGAAUCGCUGCUGCAUACGAAGAAGAUGAAGUCAUGUUCAAGAAUGCGGUGGGUUUCUAUCUUAUAGGAUGGGCUAUAGUCACUUUCAUGUUCACCAUGGCCACCUUGAAGUCGACGGUAGCAUUUUGCGCCUUAUUUUCCUUUUUGACCAUCACGUUCAUCUUAUUAGGUGCCGGAGAUUUGUCGCAAAAUGUCAAUGUUACUAGAGCUGGUGGUGUCACUGGGGUUAUUACUGCAUUCCUUGGGUUCUACAACGCGUUUGCUGGUACUGCCAACAAGCAGAACUCUUACUUCACUGCGUACCCAAUCCCAAUGACCAGAAAGUAA